AUGGUUUCCAGCGCCGCCUAUGCGAAGCCUAUCUCCAGCAUCGCAAAGCCCGUCCUGUUGCCUCUCUCCAUCGCAGCCCUCGCUUAUGCCGCUUACCAAGGCCGCGCAAAUGGCAUUGGGCUCGCGAGGCAGUUCUUCACCGGCCCGGGCAACAAGAGCAGGAUCUUUGCCUUGUUCAUGGUGGUAUACAACUGGAAGAGUCUACCUCUAGCAUGGACUGUCCGCAUCUUCAACACCAUGAUCCAGCACCUCUUCGUCCGCCCCUUCCACGCCCAUGGGCCCGAGGUGCUCUUCCACCCGGUGAUCUCCACGACGCACGUCUCCCUGCUCGAGGUCGACUACAACAUCCACAAGUCCAACAGCACCUACUUCGCGGAUCUCGACGUGUCGCGCUCGCACCUGGCCUCGCACCUGUUCGCGCGGGGCAUCCGGGCCCUGGGGAACAACGAGCAGACCAGGCUCGUGCUGGACCCUUCGGAUCCCUCCCGCCCCGCCAAGGGAAGGUUCGGCGUCAGCCUCGGCGCCGUGCACUGUAGCUUCAAGCGGGAGCUGAAGCCGUACCAGCAGUACGAGCUCUGGACCCGCGUCCUCAGCUGGGACCGCAAGUGGCUGUACCUGGUGACGCACUUCGUGGAGGCGGGGACCGUGAAGCCCAAGAGCUGGGACGAUGGCGGCUCGAGUCACGGCGGCACGAGCGACGAGCCCCAGGAGUGGGAGAAGAAGAUCUUUGCCACGGCCGUCUCCAAGUACGUAUGGAAGAUGGGCAGGCUCACGGUGCACCCGGCCGUCGUCAUUGAGGCUAGCGGGUUGCUGCCCGCGAGGCCCGACGGUUGGGUGAGUACACAGAGUAGUGGCAUGGUCACGCCCGCCGAGCCGGUCACGGGCAACACGGACGAGGAGGCCAAGGAGCAUGAUGCGCAGGCCGGAUGGGACUGGAGAAGGGUCGAGAACGAGCGCUUGAGGGGCUACGAGUUUGCCCAGCAUUUCGCGGCCGUGGAUAACCUGGCCGGACAGUUCGAUGCCGGCGAAAACGGAGCUCUGGGUAGAUUUAGUCUCGGCUGA